AUGUAUGGGAAUGGAUACGAGCGCUUCGUUCCUGGCAUCGCCUCUGCAGACGCUGAAGCCGUCAACGAACUGAUUCAAGCUACUUCGGCGCCCCCGAUGGCGACAGGUUUUCCAUUCGCCGACGAAGCAAUCCCGUCGCGGCAAGCGCUUCUGGACCACUUGCCACCAUUCCGUCAGCGUGAUCAACUCAAGGACAUAUUCUUCGAAGUCUACUCACCGCUUUUCCACAUUCUUCAUGAUCCGACCUUCCAUAUGGAAUACGCCAACUUCUGCCGAUGCCCUGGGGAAGUGUCCCUCUCCUUCCUGGCGUUAGUGUUUGUGAUCCUCUCCAUAUCUGUCAACGCAUUGGACUCCGAUCACCCGCUAUUGACAGACCUCGGGCAUGCGGCCGAUCCCUCAGCUAAUAUAAAAAGUCUGGCGACCAAGUACCGAUCCGCGGCCAUGAGAUGCCUGUCCGCCGACCAGUUCCUCUGGCGACACAAUCUGCAUACUGUACAAGCAUUGGUGCUACUUAUAUAUGCGAUCUCACACGCUCAUGGUCCUUCAUGGGCUUUGCUAGGGACAACUUUCCACAUCUGCGUCUCACUAGGCUGCCAUAUCGACCCCUCGCAGCUAAACCUUGACCCCGUGAGGAGUGAGCAGAGACGCCGCUGUUGGGCCGGUUUGAUGUUGCUUUACACCAUUCAAAACACCACCCUGGGUAACCUCGCUCCAAUGAAAUUAAACGAAUCGGCCAGUGUCCGGUUGCCUGCAGACAUAGACGAUGAGGACAUCUCUUUGGGCGGAAUUUUGCAACGUUAUGCCGAAGGUACAGACACGAGGCCACCUACGAAAAUGUCAUACAUUCUUCUGAAAUUCAAACUGUAUUCCCUGGCUUCGGACAUAUGUCAAUUUGCUAGGGAUGGCAGAGACAUUAGCAGUCUCCACGAGCUCGAGCGGCGUAUCACCGCAGAGGAGAAUCUACAUGAGGCAAGGUUUGCGGACGGACAGCAGCUCCCGAUCUAUCACAUCGCCCACCAGUAUAUCCUCAACAAUUAUAUACACUACCUACGACUCAUUCUCCACAGGCCCUACCUCCACGCAUUUGGCUCAGUUCCAGGUAGAGGGGUUACCCAACCCCCAGAGCAAGUCCUUCAGAGCCGAGCACAUUGUACGACUGCAGCCAUGGUUCUCCUAAGCCACCACGAGGAUCUGUGUUGCGACGUUCGUUUCAAGCCCUAUCGGUGGUUUGUUUAUUCACUUGGGAGCUUCCAGGCAUUCCUGGCGGCCUCUACCCUACGCGUCCUGCUUGCUUCCGACGACAGCCUUACAGAUGCACAUCGAGCACAAUUUCUCGGAGCAAUCCAAAAGUGCCAGCUGCGAUUUGAGGACAUGGCGGGACGAAGCGAUGUGUGCCUCAAAGCCGCUCGCAUCUUGCGUCGGCUGCUACAACAUCUUCCGACCAGGCCACCACCUUUAAUACAUCAAACUUCAAGCGCAAGCGAUGAGUCCGAGAUGUGCAGUAUCAAGGACGGAUACACCUCGAUCAACCACCCUACUCCUAUGACUGGGUUUCCUCAGCCGGGAUUACCGUACGAUGGCCCGGCGGUCAAGGCAGAUUCAUCAUGGUUCAACUGCCCUCCACAAAUGUAUGAACUGAUGUCAUUGCCUGCGGAGCAGUGGCUUGGUGGUGCUUCAGCAUUGGCAUGGGACUGGAGCGGUUGGGUUGAGGUUGACCCGUAUAUGAAUGUGCCGGAAACACUUGGGGUCGGACCUGGCGUUAUGAUGUGA